AUGGGCAAUCGCAGGAUCGUUGUUUCCAUUGAUUUUGGAACGACCUACUCAGGUGUCGCCUGGGCUGAUACAUCUCGGCCUGAAGUUCAACAUGUCGUGACAGAAUGGCCUUCAAUUGACUCGACCAAGAGCAGUCCAAAGGUACCAACUGAACUUCGGAGGAUAGCUACCGGGUGGCAGUGGGGCUUUCAAAUACCCGAAUCUGCGAAGAGAAGUAAAUACUUCAAGCUGAAAUUGGAUGAUCCAGUUCCAACCAGCAAAGAUGAAGACUCGGCAAAGGACCUGACCAAGGUCUACCUUUCAUGUUUGCACGCACAUUUCAUCACUGUCCUUGAAAAGCGACUUGGCCCGAGUGUGGUCAGAUCGACCCCCAUGGACUUCGUUGUGACGGUCCCAGCCAUCUGGUCACCCAAGGCGAAGCAAUCGACUGAGCAAGCCGCAGCUAUGGCGGGAUUCUGUGGUAACCAGAGAAUCCAGCUUAUCUCAGAACCGGAAGCGGCAGCAUUAUAUACACUCAAAACCCUUAGCCCUUCUACAUUACAAGUGGGCCGGAAGUUUGUUGUCUGUGAUGCGGGCGGCGGUACCGUCGACUUGAUCUCAUAUCAAGUAACAAAAAUAGGUAGAGUUGAAGUGAAAGAAGUCACAGAGGGUACAGGCGGUAAAUGCGGCUCCUCCAUGCUGAAUAUGCGCUUUCGUCGGCAUUUGAAACAAACACAUGGCGAUAAGUACUGGACUGAUGAAAGACUUGUGCCUGCUAUGAACGAGUUUGAGUCGUUCAAAAAGACCUUUACUCCAAAAGGCGAACCCUUGACUCUCAAAGUCGAUGCCAGUCUUGGUCUGAAACGAAAUCGAUACACAAUGUCGCAGGAUGAUAUGAAGACUAAAAUCUUUGAGCCCAUCAUGAAGGACGUUGUGUGUCUCAUCAAGGAACAGAUCAAGAUGGCGGGAGAUGGCGUUGCUGCUGUAAUUAUGGUUGGAGGAUUUGGACAAAGUCGCUAUCUGAAGUCCCGGGUGCGAGAUGCCAUUUCAAGUCGUACGGACGUUUUACAACCUGAAAGUGGCUGGACGGCGGUGGUGAAGGGUGCCGCAAUGCAUGGACUUCAUCGAUACCAGCCUGCGGGAACUCGAGUAGAGGUCGCAUCUCGAAUUGCAAGAAGAUCGUACGGAACGUGUUUGAUGGCAGCAUACGACAUGAUGAAACACAACCCCAGAGAAGCGUUUUGGUCUGAAAAAGAACAAGUGACUGUUGUCUCGGAGAUGUGCUGGUUCAUCCAGAAGGGCGAGUCCUAUCCAGAAGGCAAACCCUCAAGGAUAGAGUAUCAAUGCGAUCUCCCAGUAACAGUUGGCCAUUUGCCACAAACGGAAAUCGACAUAUAUAGCAACAAUGAUGACGGAAAAGCCCCGAUCCAUCUAGACGGAUCCACUCAGCACAUUGGAACACUCUCGCUUGACUUGAGGAAGAUACCCGAAGCAGUAAAGAGGACCGCGAAGAUAAGACGUAUGGGAUGGCAUCGAUACUAUUGCCUAGAAGGCGCCAUUGAAGCCGUAUACGGAUCAGCGGAAAUCACAUAUUCGGUAAAACUUGGAGGAAUAACACACGAUAUGAUCAGUUAUCACGAUGCCCCAUGCACCAUGGCUGGCAAUCUUCAUCUCAGAGCGGUACUUUCUGAUCAUGGCCAACAGGCCGGGGACUUUGCUGCCGGACCUCCUCCAUCAACCUUAGCUGCACAGCUGGUUGAGAAUAUUUCGGCGUCCACCAAGUCUUCCAAAUCAGAUGAGAACAGUGAACUCAAAGGUUUCUUUGCUAUCAUACAACGCGUCAAGGAUAAUCCAACACUUUUGAAAACGUUGGAAGAUCGGGUCGAGCAUAACCAUAUGCUAAUUUACGUUUAUUCAAGAGCCGUUCUCGAAGGUAUUCGGUUAGACGAUCCUUUCCUUGACCGGGCACAAGUGCGGACAGAGGGUCUCAAAGCAAUCAAUUUUCUUAAAUUCUCUAUUAAAGAAACGCCCGCGGUGCUCAAAUACACAGUUGAUGGCCAAGAGUAUAUGUUCCGGGGGCGAGAACCAUUAUGGGUCUGGCUUCUUCCUCAACUGCUAAGACUUCUUGGCCACGCCCAAUGCCUUGAACUCACAGAAGCCAUUGAAGGCUUGCUGCAGUAUACGAUGCUGACAGUAGCACAAAAUUGGAGUUUGUGGGACAUAGCUCCUGCGUUUCUCUUCUAUUUGCGCACAAUUACCUCUCAUACACUACACCAGCUUCAAGAUCCUUUGGUUGUGCCUUCCGUGGAAGAAAGUUUCAGAGGGCUUUCUCUGCCUCCCGAACUCGCUCUCAGCCAAUAUGUCGACAAAGGCUCGCCUUUGGUCAACCAACUUACAUAUUCUGUUGAUCGGAUAUCACAGGUUCUACAACAACUGAUUAGCUUCUGCAAAGUAGUGGCCUAUCCUCUUAUAUCCACAGAUGAGGCCUUUGACACUGUGACCUCCUUCUCGGAGAAUGCAGUAUGGCUGAUUGAUGCCUUAGGGGAUAUGCGAACUGUUCAGAUUCGUUACGGUCACGCAUUCCCAGCCUCUUCGCUCCAUGUCCUUCAAGUGACUCUAAAAAUUGAGCGAGCGUUGUCGAAAAAGAAAGGCAUAAGCGCUUCCGUUCACAAGAAAGCUGUCACUCUCAUGAUCUUGCUUUGUGGCCAGAUAGCAACAAGCUCCAAUGCCUCAUCUAUGCUAGACUCCACCGAAGGGGAGAAUCGCCGUAUUUACUGUUUAGCUCUCGCUGUCAUCACAGCAGCAUCUAUCGAAGACAGGUCAAUAGGUCGCUUGGCGAUCUCCAGCCUUGUAGAUGAGUCUUCAAUGUUCUACUCAAAGAUGUCUGAAGGAACAGAUAUCUGGAGAGCAACACAGACAUUACGAGAGGUCAAUGCUAAUGCAGGACCGAAAUCUCUCAGCACGAGUAUGCAUCCCUCAAACUUUGAAGACGAAGAGCUACGUGGGGCGAUUGAGGCUUUGUCUCUGAUAUAUGACGCUCCCGAAACAAAUUCACAAGACCGAUCCAAACGUCGAAAAGUAUCGCAGGCAGGUUCUAGCCGUAUGAGUGCCUUGGUGACCUCCUUGGGAGAUAGCUUUGGUAUCAUGGAUAUUGACGACAACUUUCAGAACAUCGAGCAACCAAUUUUGGAUGCGUUCCCAGUAAUCGACGAGUUACAUCAGUGUCUCGCGCUUGACUUACUAUCACGGAUAUCAUGCCUAGCCGACAGUGAAGACAGACCAUCCGAUAAGGAAAGCGCAACAACUGCAGAAGCGCGGUGUUCUAUCUGUGAAAUGAACGCUUCUCCGACUCGCUCGACAUCACACGAAGCAGUCCUUCUCAAGUCUCGAGUCGAAGCACUAUUCACCAAAUUGAUUCGACUCCCUAGUCUUGCUGAGUCGAGGCGACCGCGGGUUGCUGCGAUGAUGGCAUUGAGGCGGGUAAUUCUACACUGUGAUGAUGCUGAAUUACUUAACCUGGAAACCUCUGGACUGGGUCAAUGGUGUCUUCAAUCUCUGAACAGCUCAGUGAGGGAACUUCGAAUAGCUGCAGGAAGAGUCCUGGCAACUUUCUCUUUGGGCAGGAUUGAAACAGUCCUUUCGAGCAUGGUUCUCCUGGCUCGCCCAGUGGAAGAGAAUGGUGCCAAGAAUAACCGUAUGGGCCAAGCUCAGGGUCGAUCUGUACAUGGCGACUUAUACUCAGGUGCAACAGACCAAACUUCGUCAAUGAAACGCCAGGACUUGAUCUCACGCAAUAGAAAAAACUCAAUUGCUUUCUUAAAGUCAAUUUCGGAUAACAACCAGCCUCACCUGACCGAAACGUUCAUCAUGGCGUGGGGCCAACUAGGAACUGUUGUCUGGGAGCACGAGCUCAAUUUGGUUCUCAUCAAGCUUUUGGAAUAUCUUGGAAGCAGUAACAACAUUGUUUCAGCCUUCGCUUUUAAUGAGCUCCUGAACCUGGCUGAUGCCCGCAGAGUAACACCGCGCCGCCUAUUUGAACCCUUCUGGCCAAACUUGGCAUACAUGGUCACCAAGGAUAUGGUUCAGCGUCCUCAAAUGAGCCGGACUAUCGCGGAGUUACUACAAGUGUCUGUCAACGAAUUGCUCCUCUUGAUUCAAACACACGCACUGCCAUGGCUUGUGCUUGACAAACAAAAGGAUGUUAUCCAAAAGAUUGCGGAGGCGCGGCGGGAGUCAGAGAUCUGGCUCCCCUUGAUUGACCCUGCCAAUUUGGCUGCCACACUUGCUUUACUUCUAGUACAGGACGUUGAAGACAUCGCCAGUUUCGCAAAAUCGCGUCUUGAUGAGCUAUCCGCGCAUUUUCAGCUUGAACCCCUUGCCAAUUUACUCCAAGUGGAGCCUGUCCUCACAGUUAUAGAGCUAUUAAAGGCAGCUGGCGAUGCGGAUGAAACGAGAAAGGCGCUGGUUCGGAAAGCUCUGGAUACCAUGGCUAAGAUGCUGCUGCCGGAAAGCAAAGAGACCCGGUCUAAGAAGGGGGACCAUGCUGCUCGGUACAUCCAUUCUAAUCUUCUCGGUCUCAUGGCAUGUCUCUUUGAUGUAAUCAAUGAUCCGAAUCUUCCAGAACCAGAACGCCGACGGUACAUUCGAGCCAUGGAAGAGAUGAUUAAAGUAUCAAAGGGCUAUGCAAGCACUGCUAGACCUCAGAUUUCUGCUUGCUUGCUCUCCACACUGGCACAAGACGCUUUGAGAGAAGCCAGCUUUUCAUGUUGGGCGUCAAUGCUCACUCAUCUUGACGAAGAAGACGUUGAAGCAUUGCUGGAGACAACCUUCUUCGUCAUUACCCGUUAUUGGCCUUCUUUGAACGAGUCAACGGCUUUACUUGCUCAACAGAUGCUCAAGUCGCUGGUCAGCGAAUCUGAAAAGCUUGUCGCAAAAUACAUUGUCAAGCUGCCCUCCCUUCGGCAUAUCCCUGAGCUGAGGGAUCUCGAGACCAAGCUGGAUCAACUUAGACCAGCAAUACUCACAGUUGAAGAAGUUCUGGAAGCCUUUGCUGAGAGGAUAUCCCAUGAAAACUCUGGUGUUGCCCUCCAAGCAUUGGCAGAACUGAUCCAAUUUCUUCAAGAAAACCGAGAUGUACUCCACACUUCUGAUGUUAGUCUACAAUCAGAUACUGGUGCUGUGGCACUUAUGCGAUCUCUCCUUGACUGUGCAUGCAAGUACAGUGGCUUUCCAGGGGACAUAGCGCGAUUAUGUACAGAAGCUAUGGGACUGAUAGGUUGUCUGGAUCCCAGUAAGAUCGAAACCGUGAGAGAACAGCGAUCGAUCGUUAUCUUGAACAAUUUCGUGAAUAACGAAGAGACAACCGACUUUGUUUGUUUUCUUCUGGAAGAGGCACUUGUGCCAGCCUUCUUAUCCACGACCGAUGUAAUGUUCCAGGGGUUCCUGUCUUUUGCAAUGCAGGAGCUUCUGGAUAGGUGCGACCUCAAAGCUGCAAACGCCAUGCAAGGGACCGGGAUGGUGGGCGGCAACGACAUCUAUCGAAAAUGGAUUGCGAUGCCCGAAGCCAUUCGAGAAGUAGUGACCCCUUUCCUAGCUUCUCGAUAUGUCGUUGCCCCGAUGACAUACGCAGAGAUUGAGUAUCCUAUCUUCCGUCCUGGUAGGACUUUUGCAAACUGGCUGAAGCAAUACACCUUGGACCUUCUUCGAAAAGGACAAACACCUUUCGCUGACAUGAUCUUUGAACCCCUUGCGCGCGUUGUUCGUGUCAAGGAUCUCUCCAUUGCAGAAUUCAUCCUUCCCUACAUAGUAUUGCAUACUCUGCUUGGGUCGCGAACUUCUCAAAAGGAGAGAGAGAAUGUCCUUGGCGAGCUUCUUGCCAUUCUAAAGUAUCAGCCUGCUGAGGGGGCGUCAUAUCUGGAGAAAGAGGACAUGAAGCGAUACUGUCAUGGUGUUUUCCGCAUUGUCGACUAUGCAAUGAGAUGGAUGCAAACUAAGCGCGCAGCUGGUCGGCUCAGUGAACUUGACAAGGAAAGGCUGACUCAGGUACAAGAAGCUCUUGAUAUGAUUCCGGCCGAGUUGAUUGCACAAAGGGCUGUAGAUUGCAACGAGUACGCCCGAGCCCUUUUCCAUCUGGAGCAGCAUGCCCAAAAGAUGGAACAAAGAAAGAGAGAGCCAGGAGAACGCACCCGCCUCUUGGAAAAACUCCAAGACAUAUACGCCAAUGUUGAUGAGCCUGAUGGACUUGAUGGAAUUUCAGCUCAUCUACAAGUUCUUGACAUAAAUCAACAAAUCCUAAGUCAUCGUAAGGCAGGUCGAUGGACUGCUGUACAGAACUGGUACGAGAUGCAAUUGGCCGAGGAUCCUUCUAAUACAGACGUGCAAAUCGACUUGCUUCAUUGCUUGAAACAGGCUGGCCAGCAUGAAGUGUUAUUGAACCAUAUCGAAGGUAUGCAUACCAAUGCAUCUACGGACAACAAGAUUAUGCCUUAUGCAGUAGAGGCAGCAUGGGUGACAGGGAGGUGGGAGAGCCUAUCCAAGUUCACCAAACGAUUCCAUGGUGAUUUCAUCGAGGAUUUCAACGUUUCGAUCGCGACCGUCUUCGAAAAACUAAUGACCAAGAACGAACCAGCGGAGUUGACUUCGAUCAUGAACGAUAUCAGGGUCAAAAUAUCGUCUUCGAUGAAUGUCGCAUCCACGUCUUCACUUCAAGCCUGCCACGACCUCCUUCUCAAAGCUCAUGUCCUCACAGACUUGGAGAUCAUUGUGGGCACAAAGCCAGGGUACGAAGUAGCCCGGCAGAAGACCAUGGCCCUGCUGGACAGGAGGCUCGAGGUUAUAGGUGCUUACAUGAACGACAAGCAAUAUCUUCUUGGUAUCCGCCGUGCUGCCAUGGAGUUGCGCCGGCCAACAUUUACUGAUAUGGAUAUCUCCAGAUUAUGGCUUUCAAGUGCACGGCUUGCACGAAAAUCUAAUUCAUUACAUCAAUCCUUCAACGCUGUGUUGCACGCCUCGAAGUUAGGCGAUGACGCGGCGACUAUUGAGAAUGCUAAGCUUCUAUGGAGAGAAGAUCAGCAUCGAAAGGCCAUUCAGGUUCUGCAGGGAGCAAUCAAGAGCAACAAGUUCAUGACGCAGACGGGAUCAAAUACCUUCACGAACACUAGUAAACUGAGUCCACAGGAGAAGCUCUUGACGGCCCGGGCACAACUGCUCCUUGCUAAAUGGCUCGACAGCGCCGGGCAGACGCAUGCUGGUGCCCUGCGUGAGAGAUAUCAGCAGCCACCAAAAACAUUCUCGACGUGGGAGAAGGGACACUACUAUCUCGGCCGACAUUACAAGAAGAUUUUCGAAGCGGAAAAGCCACUCAAAGCUGAUGAUCAGAGUGACAACUACAUCACGGGCGAGGUUGCAAGGCUUGUCAUAGAGAACUACGUGCGUUCGCUGAACUCGGGUACCAAGUAUCUUUACCAAACCCUUCCAAGGAUCUUGACUCUCUGGCUUGACCUUGGAGCACAAGUGGAUAAAGCACCAGAAGGAAAAGCAUCGCUUUCCCGUGAGCUUCAUCGAAGGCGUGUUGAACAGCUCAACCUAUUACACUCUUUCCUCGACAAAUACAUUCACAGGCUGCCGGCGUACAUCUUCUACACAGCUCUACCGCAGAUUGUUGCUCGUAUCGCCCAUCCUAAUCCCAACGUGUUCGAUAGAUUGACACACAUCAUUGUCAAGGUUGUUGAGGCUCACCCUCGGCAAGCGCUUUGGAGUCUGAUUGGCAUUAUGACAACUAGACAGGUGUCAGAACGAAAAGCACGUGGCACUCAGAUUCUUCAGACACUCAGAAACAUAUCUAAGAAAGUGGAUGGCUCGUCGACCGACUUCAAGCACCUGCUUCGGAUGGGCGAGAAACUCGCUGAGCAGCUGCUUUUGGCAUGUCAGAACGGAGACUUUCGUGGGAACAAGACUGUCCACGCUAGUCUGAGUAGAGAUCUUAGAUUUCACCAUAAAUGCACCCCAUGUCCUUUGGUUGUACCUGUUGAAAGCUCCCUGACGGCAACGCUACCGGCGGUAUCAGAAUUUGUCAAGAAGCACAAAGCUUUCUCCAGGGAUGUGGUUACCAUUGAUUCUUUCUUGGACGAUGUAUUGGUGCUCAGCUCUCUAGCCAAGCCAAGGCGACUCACGGCGCGAGGCAGCGACGGGAAGAACUACAUGCUUCUCAUCAAGCCCAAAGAUGAUUUGCGAACUGACCAGCGCCUUAUGGAGUUCAACGGGUUGAUCAAUCGGUCGUUGAAACGGGAUGCCGAGUCCAGUCGAAGACAGUUGUAUAUCCGAACUUAUGCUGUGACACCGCUCAACGAGGAGUGUGGAAUCAUCGAAUGGGUUCCGGGCAUUAAGACGAUACGAGAUAUCCUCAUCAACCUUUAUGCUUCUCGAAAGAUCUAUCCUGAUUAUACGGUACUCAAGCAGCUCAUGGACGAAGCAUGUCUUUCUGACGGCAAAACCAGAAUCUUUACCGAUGAGGUUCUGGGAAGAUUCCCUCCUGUGCUUCAGCUAUGGUUCACGCAGCAGUUCCCAAACCCAUCGGCAUGGUUCACUGCGCGACUUAAAUACACACGGUCAUGUGCGGUCAUGUCCAUGGUGGGCACCAUUCUGGGACUUGGUGACAGACAUGGCGAGAACGUGAAUUUGGAGGAGGGUAAUGGUGGAGUGUUCCACGUCGAUUUUAACUGUCUGUUCGACAAGGGUCUGACAUUUGCAAAACCCGAACGAGUGCCGUUCCGGCUUACUCACAACAUGGUGGCUGCAAUGGGCAUUUAUGGCUACGAGGGGCCAUUCCGCAAGUCUUGCGAGCUGACUCUGAGCAUUCUUCGUCAACAAGAAGAGACAUUGAUGACUAUUCUCGAAGCAUUUAUCUACGACCCAACGCUGGAUCUGCAAAAGGAGAAACGAGCACAUCGAAGGGGGGACGUGGGUGUCAAACUGCAGCCUCAGAGCGUUGUGGACAGUAUCAAGCGAAAGGUCAGAGGAUUGCUUCCAACUGAAAGCAUCCCUCUAGGUGUUGAAGGCCAGGUGGAGGAACUAAUCAAACAGGCGGUUGAUCCUAAGAAUUUGGCAGCAAUGUAUAUAGGCUGGUGUCCGUUCUUGUAA